AGUGGUUCAAUGCGUAGUCCAAUUAGUGGUGGAAAGAAGUAUGGAUCAGUUAAUUAAUGUAUGACAUGUGCUUUUGUUUUGGCUCAUUUAAUUAGAAUUAAAUGCGAAAAAUGUGAAUUUUAUUUGUUUGCUGCGCCAUAAUCAACCAAACAUCCAUAUACUAAAGUUAAUUUUGAAAAUGAUACUUUAUUACAAGGAAUUAAGAGAUGUGAGACUAAAAGUACAGAAUUAUGUGGGUCUCAUGAAAUGAUAGGAUAAACCAUAAAUGAUGUAUUAUUAAAACCAAAAAUAAGAGCAGAUAAUAUAGUGAUAUUAAGUGAUAUGAUGGUUACAAGAGGAUUUUCAGAAAAUGGUUUGGAUAUGAAAAAUGUAUUUCAGGAUUAUUUAAAAGGUGUUAAUUCAGAAGCUAAAUUCUUUUUUAUGGAUAUUUCUGGUUAUGGAAAAUAAGUUAGUUUUGGUGAUGAUCUCAAAAGUAAAAGUUGUUUCCUUAUUAAUGGUAUGAGUGAUAAUGUUUUAAAAUACAUUUCUUAUGCUGGUAAAAUUAAUUAAUUAGAAGAUAUUGUUGCUUUUAGCCAAGAAUUGAAAGUUAAAUAAUAACUUUAAGAAAUUAAACAAAAUCCACAACAGAUUAAGCCUUAAUAAAUUGAAACUGAAUGA